AUGAUCUCAGACGUGCAGAAGGCCUGGGAGGCGUGUGACCGGACAGACACGGUUUUCAUCCUGGUUUGUACCGUCUUCUGCUGGCCUAUCAUACCGGCCGUCGGGCUGGGUUAUUCCGGCUAUUCCACGCGGCGGAGUGGCCUUGCGUCGUUCAUCCCAGCGGUGUUGACGGUCUGCGUCUGCUCGAUCCAGUGGUUUAUCGUUGGCUAUGCUCUUGCUUAUGGCGAGGGUCCCGGCGGAGUCAUUGGCGACCUCAAGUAUGCCUUUCAUCGCGGUGUGCUCGCUGAGCCGGUCGGGAGUAUUCCGGCCGUCCUGUUCAGCGAGUUUCAGCUCGUCUUCCUGGCCACGGUCUGUGCCAUCGCGGUUGGAGGAGCUUGUGAACGUGGCCGCAUUCUGCCAUUGAUUCCAUUCAUCUUUCUGUGGUCCACUUUCAUUUACUGCCCUCUCGCUCACAUGGUUUGGGGUGGAGGCUUCCUCAGUGAACUCGGCGUGCUUGACUUUGCUGGUGGAACGCCAGUGCAUAUCUGCAGCGGUGCAACAGCCAGUGCACUCAGUCUCUACCUCUCCUAUCCGGUGUUCCGGUCCCGAAAAUCGGAUGUCAGGACGCCUUCCCAUCUCAAGCUGCAUCGGCCGCACAACUCAAUGUGCCAGCUGCUGGCGAUGAUUAUCAUCUGGGGUUCUUGGUUGGCGUUUGACGCCGGUACCACCCUCACCCUCAGCUUUCAAUCGGUCAUGGCUCUCUGCGUGACCAAUCUCUGUGCGUCGGCAGGUGCGUUGACGUGGGCAUCGAUCACCUAUUUCGAGACCGGUCGAUGGUCGCUGGACUCGACAUUCAUGGGCGCCAUAGCCGGUCUCGUCAUGAUCACCCCUGCAGCGGGCUUCAUUGACCUUCCGACUUCGCUCUUCUUCGGCGUCUUCGGGGCCCUUGUUUGCCGCCAGGCGUUGCGGAUCAAGUUCACCGAUUUUGCACGAAGAGUGCGCUGGGUUGACAACGGCGAUACCUUUGCCACCCACUGCGUCGGUGGCUUUCUCGGCACCAUCAGCACGGGACUCUUUGCCCAGAAGGCAGUGGCAGCUUAUGGGGGCGUGGAGGUGGACGGUGGUGUUUUUUUCGACGGCAAUAUUCGCCAACUAGGAGUCCAAGUUGUGGAGGCCUUGAUCGGCUUCAUCUGGUCGUUCGUGGGAUCGUUUGUCAUAAUUGCUCUCAUCGACUGCGUUCCUGGCCUCGAAGUGCUCGCAGAAGACAAGGAAGUUAAUGUGGGGAUGGACGCUUCUCAAAUGGAUGAGAGCUUGUACGAGGCACAGUGGGCUGGAGAAGAGGACUACAAACCUCUGGCCAACGGUAAUAUUGCUCUGGACUAG